GGAAGGGGAAAAGAAAUAGUAUUCUGAAAAUUGCAGGAGCAAAUUAAUGAAUGUACAUAGUACACUGUAAAGAGUAAAGUCCCCUUUCCCUCUCAUUUGAGGGAUUCUUUUCGUCUUCCCAUUUAUAAUUAUCAAACGUCGGAGAAAGAAUUGAGAGAAGGAAAGAUAAACAAACACCAAUCAAAGAGAAAGAGAAGAAAAAUGAGCUUUGAAGAAAUGUGUCCAGUAUUCCGGAAAGUGAUCGCGGAAUGGUCACCGCCGCGGCCGCUCACGAAACCGCCGGCGCCGUUUCUCUUUCACGUGCAUGGUGAUGGAAAUGACCAUUCUGGCCUCCGAAUCGUUGCCACCGAUUUUCAGUCCAAUACCUUUCAGGCCAUCAAGUCUCGUCAUCAGCUCGAGGACCUGAGGGAUGAUAUUGGAAUUGGUGGCUCGUGGUCUGAAUUUGUUGACUAUGUCACAACUUCCUUGAAAUCUGGAGAUGUGAAGCUUGUUAUGGAGGAUUUGUACGAAUCAGGAGGUGCUUCUCAUGCAAAAUUAAUUGCCCAAAAAGCAAAAGGAAUGCCACGACUCUCUAUUUCACUUGGUAAACUCGUCAAUGGUGCUGCCAGUGAGGCAAUGGCCAAGAUUUCUCUGGAGCUAUACAAAGAAUUCAAGGAUGUGCAGCGCUCACUUAUAGAAGAGCAAGAUAGCAAAUAUCAGUUAACAAAAGUUGUAGCUGCUGAACAGGAAAAGAAUGCCACUCUCCAAAAGCAGCUAGACAUGCUGCUCUAUUCAAGAAAGCACAAGUUACAGAAGAUAAGUGACAGAGACAAUUCAGAUUCUACAUCUGUUAUGGUUUCACAAGAUUCACCAGACAAGCAUGCUGCUUACAACCCGAGCUCCACAAAAGGAGCCAACCGUGUUGUACCAGCAUAUCGCAGGUCGAAAGUAAGAGGAGCGGUUUUAGAUGACACUGAAGAUGAUGCAUAAUAUUGAAUGGACUCUGUGCAUGUUUGAGUUGGUCCUAAAAUUAUUAGCAUUUGUUUUGUUCUUCAUACAGAUUCAUCAUGCAGAAGUGUGGGUGCCAGGAUAUAACUGAUCCUAAGCAGCAGUAGUAGUUACUCCAGGCAGACCGGCCAAUCACAUAUUAAAUUACACGGGUGUAUUUGUUUCAAAUUUGGUAAAGGAAAUCAGUCAUGCUGCAUAGUUUGAUGCGUGUCUAUUCUAACUGCUUGUACAGAUUUUUGUGAUGCACUGAUUUCAUUUGUGACUGAACAGUGGAAGAGCGCUAAGAUGGAAACUUCACUUGUAUCUGUUAAAAUGCUACUUUUGAAAUUGAAACUUGUUUGCUCCUCCCAGUUUGUAAUUUUGACUAUUGGUUCGUACAUAUAACAGUGUGCUUGCAAACUGCUGGUAUAAUUUUUGAAAUUACAAGUAAAUGUCACUCUGAAUUCCCUUUUUCUCUGGCAAGAUUCCAUGCGAAGUGCACAGUUCCUUAAGCUUUGGGCAUUUGGGUGUUAAAAAACCCCACACAUAUACUCCUUGUUUUGCGAGUUCCAAUGAUCGUCUUCUGCAACUCUGUCGAACAUGUUCAGAACAGGCACCCCCUUUGUCCUCUUGACUUGCAGUUCUCCUUGCUGAAGGACCACUGGGAAGACAUCAUGGUAUUUAUUUGAUGCUUCUAGACUUUACAGUGCUGUGAAUGAGGUUCACUUUCCUGCUACAAAUAUCAUCUUCCACCAGUCUUUAGCUGCUCGUUUCUCAGAUCCCUCCAGUGAUUUCCUGGGACAGGGUUUUGGAUGUUUUCUUGCCUCAGAUUUCUUCUUGGAACUCAGAGACGCAGGUAAGAACAUCUUUAGCAAGAAAACCUCACUCUCCAUGCUCUCAGUCCUGCAUAUUUGCCUAUUCUUGGUUUUCCGACUAUUCUGCAGUCUGCUUUCUGUUUUAUGCUCUACUUUCUUUCCUUCUACUAUCACUUUCUUCUCCUGCACUUCUUCCAUGUUUUGCUGAUCAUCAACUAUGUCUUUCAGUGUCAGUUCGUACGAAGAUUCUGGCAAGUCUUGGAUCAUCUCCAUGAGCUCCCGUCUACCAUCGACAAUGGCCCUCAAUCGUGACACUGGAGACAGACAGCUGUACUCAUGUCUGCAUGGCAGCAAAGGGGACGUUUCACGCCUGCAAUCAACCGGCGCUCUUGUCCAUAGAGGAGGAGAAUAAGCUCCCUCUUGAUCUUCAACAAGCCUUUGACCUUCAAAGGAAUCACCACAACUACGACGAUCAAUCGGAAAUUGCGUUUCAACGCACCGUGCCAAACAAACGCCAACACUUUAGCCCUUUGACAGCACGAAAAGUGGAUCAAGAGUGGAGUUCUUGGUGUAGCAGGUUUGAAAUGUCUUAGUGUUGAGGUGAGUCUAGGAUCUUGACCUUUCCUUGUUACCUUAAACAUACAACUUCUCCUUCUCUUGAAAUCAGAGUCAGGCUGCAGUUUUCCUUUGG